GCCGCUUUGGGUCAAGCAGAGAAGCACGAGCAGCUCAGUAGAAGCUGCCGUCAUGAAGCCGCUUUACUACUCUUUAAUGUGAUGCGGAAGCGGAAUAACUCCCUGACCGCGGAGCAGGACAGCGGGACCGCCGGCGCUCUGCUGGACAGCGACCCGGACCUGAAGCAGCGUCCCAGCAGGGGAGCAGCGGGGCCCGGAACCGGCAGCCUGCAGGGCCCGGGAGAGCAGCAGAACAUGGGGAAACCGUUCAGGAGGUUGGGCUUGAUGGGGAAGCUGAAGAGGAUCAUGUUGGUGCUGCUGGUUGUCUACGUCUCCAUCCCCAUCAUCAUCAAAAUCUUCCCCUCCAUCCAGGCCAAACUCGUCUUCCUCAACUUCGUGAGGAUGCCGUACUUCAUUGACCUGAAGCGGCCGCUGGACCAGGGACUGAACCACACACACAACUUCUACAUGGAGCCCGAAACUGGACUCAAGAUCGGAGUCUGGCACACAGUUCCAGCUGAGAUGUGGAGAGAAGCUCAGGGAAAAGAUGGUGACUGGUACGACUCCACGUUCAGCUCCUCCCACCCCAUCAUUCUCUAUCUCCAUGGCAACGCAGGGACCAGGGGAGGAGACCACAGGGUGCAGCUCUACAAGGUCCUCAGUUCGUUAGGAUACCACGUGGUGACCUUCGAUUACAGAGGUUGGGGGGAUUCAGACGGCUCGCCAUCAGAAGUGGGGAUGACAUCAGAUGCUCUCUUCAUUUACGAUUGGCUGAAACGACGGAUAGAAAAAUCUCUGCCGCUUUAUAUCUGGGGACACUCUCUGGGAACGGGAGUCGCCACAAACCUGGUGAGACGGCUGUGUGACAGAGGAAGUCCUCCUGAUGCUCUGAUUCUGGAGUCUCCCUUCACCAACAUCCGAGAGGAGGCCAAGAGUCAUCCCUUCUCCAUGGUGUACAGAUACCUGCCUGGCUUUGAUUGGUUCUUCCUGGACGCCAUCGCUGCCAACAACAUCCGCUUUGCCAGCGAUGAAAACGUGAACCACAUCUCUUGUCCGGUUCUGAUCCUUCAUGCCGAGGACGACAGUGUGGUUCCUUUCCACCUCGGAAAAAAGCUCUACAACGUGGCCUCGCAGUCGAAGAGCCUCAACGGUCACAAAGUUCAGUUCAUCUCGUUCCCGUCUUCGCUCGCCUACAAACACAAGUUCAUCUACAGGAGCCCGGAGCUGCCAAACAUCCUCAGCGACUUCCUCGGCACAGCUCAUCCCAUCACACCGUGACGAAGAUGAUGGCUCUUCAUCAAACGAUCAGACUAAACACGUGAUUCCUCGGUUAACAUUCCCCCCGCCCCUCACAUACACAGGGUUACCAUGGCGACUGUUUUUACUCCAGAGCGGACUACGAAGUGAAGCAAAAAACGCUUUUUUUUAUUUUUAUUCUCGGCAGCUGAGCAGCCGACUCUUCAUCCUCUGCAUGGUUUUUUUCUUCUCCUCUUCAUCACGUCUGACUCUUCUGUCUGGAGGUUUGAAGCCUGUUAUGACUUGAAUAUGAAUUUAUGAAUUAAAUAUUUGUUUUAUGUA